AUGGCCCCAACCAGUUUUAAAACCAAAAACAACUUGGAAAACGUGGCGGCCUUUCUAAAAAACGACAUACACUGGGAGGCCUUUAGAAGCUCCCAACAAAAGUACAGCAAGGAGAUUAAGAAAUCAAAAUGCAAAAGCUGGAGACGUUUCUGUGAAAGCAUUGAGAGCGCCCCGGAGGCAUCCAGGCUUCACAGAAUUCUCAGUUUGGAUCACCGUCCCCAAUUAGGGUGUCUCAAGCUCCCAACGGGGAAUGUCACUGAGAAGGCAACGGACACAUUGGAACAUCUAUUAGAAGUCCACUUUCCAGGUUUUGAUCAUAACAUACAACCCUGCCGACCGAAGCCUAGGGAAUAUAACCCCAGAAACUGGCGUCUGGCAGCUGAGGCUUGGGGAGGUACAAGAGUAGUCUUUAUACCUAAGUUUGUUAGAAAUGACCAUAUAGCAGCCAAAGACUUCAAACCGAUCAGUCUCACUUUCUGUGUACUAAAAACACUGGAGAGACUGGUUGAUAGAUAUCUGAAAAUUGGCCCUCUGCUAGCACAUCCGUUGUCUCCGGCUCAGUAUGCUUACAGGGAGGGCAGAUCAACAGAUACUGUCUUGCACCAUUUUGUGGGCGAAGUCGAAGUGCAGUUGGAAACAAAGGGAUAUGCCCUGAGCGUCUUUCUGGACAUUAAGGGAGCUUUCGAUAGCACCUCAUAUGAUGUCAUCAGGGAAGCAAUAACCGGGCAUCACAUUCCCUCUGCUCUAGCAGACUGGACACAAAGCAUGCUAACAGGAAGAACCCUGAUUGCCAAUCAUAGGGACUCAAGUGUGCAUGGUUUCCCCGCUAAAGGAUGCCCGCAGGGAGGAGUUUUAUCUCUCCUGCUCUGGUGUCUGUUCGCAGAUGAACUUCUACGAAAAUUACAGAAGAAAGGCUUCCUUGUCUUUGGUUACGCUGAUGACGUGGCUAUUAUAGUGCGAGGUAGUUUUCUUUCAACACUUAAGGACACUAUGCAAAAAGCCCUUAUGAUCCUGCAAAAUUGGUGUCAAUCAAAAGGACUUAGGGCUAAUCCAUUAAAGACCAAGGCCAUGAUUUUCACCAGAAAAUACAAACCUAAAGCCAUUGAGCCGCUUAGACUAUGGCGAGAAGAUAUAGAAUAUGUUCAGUCAGUAAAAUAUUUGGGAGUCCACUUAGACACCAAACUGAAUUGGAAAGCAUAUCUCGAUAUAAAGAGAUCCAAAUUCUACGUUUCAUAUUGGGCGUGUAGAAGAGCAAUGGGAAAUCCUGGGGGCUGCGGUAGGUACUAUGAGAAAACGACACCAACAGAGGCGCUGGAAGUAGCACUCUGCAUUCCACCUCUAAGAUUGACUGUCAUCAGCGCUGCCAAACUCACAGCAUAUAGACUAAGGUGUGUGGGAGAGUGGAGAGAUUUUGGAGUAGGUCAUACCAGGCUCAAGAUCCAGCCGGGCACUCAUGCAUGGUUUACUGAUGGAUCUGGAGCAAACGGCUGCUAUGGAGCAGGCAGCUACUGUCCAGGAUCAAAUCACAGAGAGUUUUUCUCUUUGGGUAAAUUGGCCACGGUCUUUCAAGCGGAAGUUUUGGCCAUUCUGGAAUGUGCAAGAUUCCUACUCGCAAGAGAGACAAAAACUAGGAGGAUCAAUAUCUAUACGGAUAGCAAAGCAGCCAUAGGAGCUCUUGCCAAGACCAUCACUGAAUCUUUAGUGGUUUGGGACUGUAUGCAAGCUCUAAACAGAUUGGGCAAGCGAAACGACAUCACGCUUGUCUGGGUACUUGGCCACCAAGGUAUCCAAGGAAAUAAAGUGGCUGAUAGUUUGGCAAACCUGGGUACGUUAAAAGAACCAGUCCGCCAGAUAGUUAAAGUUCCCUUUGCAACAAGGAAAAACCAUAUCAAGGACUGGCUGAAAAGGGAGCACAGGAUCUUUUGGGAGAUACUAAAAAGCUGCCGCCAAGCUAAGGCCCUGAUGACUCAGCCAUUGCCAGGGCAUUGGACCUUCAAGGCACAUUUAUUCAACUUAGGCCUAGUUGAGGAGAGUAGUUGUAGAUUUUGUGGCGAAGAGAGGGAGGACAGCGUGCACAUACUGUGUCGCUGCCCGUCUCUAGCACUCAAGAGAUUCAGAUUUUUGGGCUCCAUGUUAGUGGAGCCCGAGGACCUAAAAAUAAUUAAAAUCGGACAUCUGUGUAGCCUGGCAAAUGCCGGGUUUCAGCAGCUUGGUCGAUUAACAAUUAACGGGAGUCGCAGAGGAUCUUAG